UUGGCUGAGGUGUGUGGCUGUUACGUCUUGUCGGUUGUGAUUUACCGUUGUUGAAAGGAAAUACUUUAAGCUGUAGUGGAGUAGUUGGUCGUGCACUUUGGAGAAAGUUCUCAAAAUCCAAAACUGGCAGCCUCCUUGUUUCGAAUCGCGUUUUUGAUGACACCUUCCUAAUUAUUAUAGGAUAUCAGGAUUUCGUUAGAAGCGUGCGAAAAAACAGCCAAAGGCAGAAUGAAAUUUCAACUGAAAGUGUGGAUAGUGCUGUGUGUGAUGAUUUUGAUCAUGCUAGUUGAAGACACGAAUGCUCGACGUGGUCGUGCUCGAGGACGCACUAAAUCCAGGAUGCAAAUUGGUCUGCCAAUUACAGGAAAGUACCGGGACCCAGAGUCUGACCAGUACUAUAACAACAAUAACGGAGCGAAAAUAACACUGGCCUCUCACUUCGAUUAUGAAUACGUAUUAGGUCACAAAAUAGCGUUUCUUUGUGUAGCUCGGGGUACCCCACGGCCCACAAUCACGUGGUUUAAAGAUGGUGUGGAAAUUUUCAGUCACCUCUAUUUGCAUGUGCACGAGUGGUACAUCGGAAAGGACAAGGUGAAAUCCAAGAUUGAAAUAGAUCCAGCCACCCAGAUGGAUGCCGGAGUGUACGAAUGUACGGCGGAUAAUAUGUACUCGAUCGACCGGAGAAGUUUCAAGACGGAUUUCUCGAUUGCGUUUGACUGAUGGCUUUCAGUUGGUGGACCAAUGGACUGUGUUUUAGUGAUAAUAUAGCCGUUAAUGUUAUGAUUAAGAAUAUGAUGGUUUAUUUCUUUUCGUUUGAUUUGGAAAAUGUUUCCGAGACCAAAGAGUAUCCAAAAAUACAUAUCAAUAAUAA